CCUCCGCUCGGCCGCUCGGGCAAGUCGCCUAUUUAGGAUGCGGCGGCGGGCGGCAGCUGUGCGCCCAUGGCGGCCCUGGGGAACGAGGUGCUGGACGGUUACGUGUUCCCGGCGUGCUCCCCCUGCUCGUACCCGUACCCGGCGGCCACCAAGGGCAAGGGCGCGGCGGGCGGUAACUGGCAGCACCGCGGCGGGGGCUGCCUUCCCGCCUCCUCGUCCUUCCCGGGCUGCUGGAGGCUGACAGCCGCCGAGUACUUUGACAGCUACCAGCGGGCGCAGCUCAUGGCUCUCCUGGCGCAGGUGGGGCCGGGUCUCGGGCCGCGCGCCCGGAGGGCUGGCAGCUGCGACGUGGCGGUGCAGGUGAGCCCGCGCAUCGACGCCGCGGUACAGUGCUCGCUGGGGAGGCGCACGCUGCAGCGCCGGGCCCGCGACCCCGAGUCCCCGGCCGGCCCCGUGGCCCAGGGCACCACGGGCGGCGGCUCUAACUCCCAGCAGCCAGCCCGUCGAGGCCUGGAGCAGGGCAGCCCCCAGAACGGCGCCCCGCGGCCCUUGCGCUUCCCGCGCACAGUUGCCGUGUACUCGCCCGUGGCCUCGCGCCGUCUCACCGCCUUCCUGGAGGGACCCGGGGCCGCGGCGGGCGAGCCGAGGUCCGGGGCAUCGAAUGGAGAGCGGGGGCCGCCGCCCGCGAGGGUUCAAGACCCAGAGGAGGGGGAGGUGUGGACGAGGAAGGCGCCCCGGCGGCCGCAGUCCGACGACGACGACGGCGAGGCCCAGGCCGCUGUCCGAGCGAGCUGGCAGCAGCCGACCGACGGUCCCGAGCUGCCGCGGCGAGAAGCCCAGGAGGGGGAGGCGGCUCCGCGGUCGGCUCUAAGGAGCCCGGGGCAACCUCCGCAGGCAGGGAGGGCCCGAGACGGCGGCGACGGACGGGAGGCGGCCGCUGCGGGAGAGAGGCCGUCGCCACGGAGCCCGGAGCCAGGCAAGGAGCGGCUGCGCUUCCAGUUCUUAGAGCAGAAAUAUGGCUAUUACCACUGCAAGGACUGCAACAUCCGCUGGGAGAGUGCUUAUGUGUGGUGUGUACAGGGAACUAACAAGGUUUACUUCAAACAGUAUUGCAGAACUUGUCAGAAGUCUUAUAACCCUUACCGAGUGGAGGAUAUCACCUGUCAAAGUUGUAAACAAACUAGAUGUUCCUGCCCAGUAAAACUUCGCCAUGUGGACCCUAAACGGCCCCACCGUCAAGAUUUGUGUGGUAGAUGCAAAGGCAAACGCCUGUCCUGUGACAGCACUUUCAGUUUCAAAUACAUCAUUUAG